CAAACUGCAACCGAGAGUUCAGGAAAACAUAAACCGGCUGUUAGUUUGGAUUUUACCUGCUUGGCCUGAUGAGUUAAAAGUUUGGUUUUAACGCAGAUAGAACGAUGAGUUUCUGCUCUGCUGCAAAAUCUCAGCAUGUUUUCAUCUGGAUUUCCAUUUUCAGCUUCGUUUCACCAGUAAUCCGUCCAGAUGUGGAGCUGCAGACCACGUUGCCGCUGACGACAAACUGUGGAGAAAACGUGACUCUGAACUGCGAUGUCAAAUCAUCAAGUCCGCUGGAUAUGAAACUACUGUCCUGGGUGGCUGCAAAUAAAACCUGUAAAUAUGAAAACCCAGAGCUCGGCUGUGAAAGGACGACGACGGACUCGAACCACCGACUCACUCUGAGACUCGCCAACAUCAGGCCCAUCGACGCGGGAAGCUACCUCUGCAAACUGCGCAGUAACAUGGGAGUAAAAGCCCAAACCACCAACGUGACAGUGAGAGAGUGUUCUGGACGUCUUGCUUCCUCGAUGAACCAGUCCCACGCCUGGUGCUCCUUCAGCGGGUUUUAUCCUGGCGGUUCGGUUCACUGGUUCCAGGAAGACGCCAACCUGACAGAUUCUGCCACCACAGAAGAAGACAAGGACCAACAUGGAUUCUACAACAUUCAGAGUGAGAUAGACGUGCAGAAAGUGAACCUGAGUCGGCCUUUAAACUGUUCGCUGUGGAUUCCUUCUCUGGGAAAAUAUGCGUCCGAACCGCAGCUGGUUCAUUCUGCAGGAGGUUCGGUUCGACUGCAGCGGUUCUGUGCGCUGGCCGGAAUCAUCCUGGUCAAGUUUGUGCUGUAAAGAAAGUUCACAUCUGGAUCUGAGGAGACAAAAGUGUGCAAAUGCUUUAAUGUGCACCAAGAAUCCACAGUAUUACAGUAAAGUCAGCCUCACAUGAAGCAGCUUGUAGCUUUGCACAUAUGACACCACACAGACCCCUAUGAACACCCGUUUGUUUGAGCCCACAUCAACGUUACACCAACGUUUUGAGGCGUCUAACAUCAGGAUUUGUGUGUCGAGUGCAGCAAGACAAGGUUCCACUUUUUAGAUAUUUUGAUUUUAAACCCGAAUUACUCCAAAGUGAUUUAAAUUUGUCACAAAAAUCAAACUAAUGAAUAACAAUUAGCUGUUGAAAAUGGAAAAAAGUCCCUAAAAAGUUCCUGUAAGUUCAUAUUUAUGGAUGUUUUCUUGUUUCCUACUAAUAAGACAGUCUUUGGUUCCACCAACGUUUGAGGCCUCCAGCAUCAGUAGAAUCUGACAAGUUUGACAAGACGAAGUCCCACUUUUUAGAUAUUUUGACAAUUUUUUUGUGGACUCAAACAAAACUGGUGUUCAUAAGCAUCUGUACGUUAUUACACGUACAAAGUUACGUGCUGCUUCCACGUUGAACUUUAUGAUGAAAUUUAAAGACAUACGAAGCUGAUAUUUGUUUUACUGAAUGUUCUAUAAAAAAUGUUUGUAAAGUCUUAAGCUCUGAUGUGUUGCCUAAAGCCGACGUGUCACUUAACUGUCAAAUAAAAUUUUAUUUUAAAUAA